GUCCACUGUCUGAAAAGAAGCCACAACCCCAAAAGCCUCAUGGCCCACAGCAAUCAUGCCGCCAUGGGCAGUAUGGCCAUGGGAGGAGCUGCCCCCCUCAUCGACUACCCCAAAUUCUACUGGGCAGUGGUCGGAAGCGCCAUCGGUGUCGCCACUCUGGCCAAUGUUUACAAUCAAAUUCUCUUUCGUCAAAGACUAUCCGCGGCAAAGACAGGCUCGCUACAGCCGGCGAAACCAAAAGCCUGGCCUCUGGUAGCCAUUGCGACUACCUACGCAAUCACUCGAGAGUUUUCCAAUUACUCAUUAUGGCUGCCCAUCAAAUCUCGAAUGCUGCGACUACCAACUCUUGGUCGCUCCAGUCUGAUCAUCAUCAACGUUAUCGUCCUACUGGUUCUUGGCCUCUCCGAUCUGGACCUUUUCGACAUGUAUGAGAGGGAAACCGUCGGGUACCGGCUUGGCUUUGUUUCAAUCGCCCAGCUGCCACUCAUCUUUCUCCUUGCCGGCAAAAACAACAUCAUUGGCUCCCUCACUGGUAUCGGCUACGAGCGCCUCAACUGGCUUCACCGCUGGUGCGCGCGAUGCCUGUUGUUGACUGCGACCCUUCACAUGGGCUAUUUUCUCUCGGCGUGGGCACCCUUCGACUACAUUGGAACUCAACUCAAGGAGAACACUCUUGUCUGGAAAGGUCUCGUCGCAUGGGUCAUGCUCGUUUGGAUUGUAUUCAGUUCUGUGGCGCCCAUCCGGGGUUGGUGUUACGAGUUUUUCGUUGUACAGCACUUGGUGUCAUUUGCGGUCAUGAUCGGUUUCAUCUACAUACAUACUCCCGAGGAAGUGCAUAUCUAUGUCUGGCUGCCUGUGGGCAUCUUCUUCUUCGACCGAGUCCUUCGGGUAGCGCGCCUACUCUAUGCGAACUUGUCCUUUUUCCAUCCCAGACGAGACAUAAAUGGCCUUUUGGCCUGCAAAGCAGAGUUCACACCUCUUGCGCACGGCACCACUCGAGUAGUUAUACAGAAUCCGCCUAUAAGCUGGACACCGGGACAACAUGUCUUUUUGUCAUGCCACUCCCUUGCGCCGCUACAAAGUCAUCCUUUCACCAUUGCGUCUCUACCAAAAGACGGGAAGAUGGAAUUAUUGAUCAAGUCUGAAACGGGGGGUACUCAUCGCUUUUUCAAACACGCCGAGAAAGCCCAAAGUCUCCAUGCAACGACGGAUCGACGCAGCGUCAAAACCGUGACAGUGGAAGGACCGUAUGGAACUCUAAGACCGCUACGCCAGUUCGACAGCGUAGUGCUGCUGGCGGGUAGCACGGGCGCUACUUUUGUCGUCCCCCUCCUCCGCGAUAUCAUCCAAGGCUGGAAAGAGAACGUCGCGCCAGCACAACCUUCGACGUCAUUCUUCCAAAGACCGAGGGGUGCAGUUACCCGCUAUGUUCGCUUCGUGUGGGUUGUCAAGAGCCAGGGACAGCUGGCAUGGUUUUCGGAGCAGCUUUCGACCGUGUAUAGCGAUUUUCAGAACCUGCAGGAGCAAGCUCGAGAUAUCAAGCUCGAAAUGACCGUCUACGUCACGUGCGAUGAGUCCUUCACAGAGGAACACCAAACCCUUCUCCCGUCCAUGACAUCGCCGAACCCCAACGCGCAGACCAGAGUCUCUGCAGAGCCUGAGCAUGGAUCCGUUCAAUACAGAAAUAACUCGCCGAUGGUGAUCGACGAGAAAAGUAAUCAAAACACCACCAAGUACGGCGAAGCCAUCAGAGAAGUGCCAUCAAACUCAACCUCCAACAGCGCAGGGCUCAACAAAUCUUCAUGUUGCUGUAAGACCACAAUCGACGAGUCCGCUUCCCCAGAUGCUAUCCAAACCGUGUGUCGCUGCGGCGAAGGAAAUCCUCCCCUCUCAGCCCCUCAAGCGCUCCCUUCUUCCCCCUCCUCAUCUUCUUCCUCGGAGGAUACCCCCCGCAAACCUGUUCCUCCUUCUUCUACUUCACCGCCGAUCCGCAUCCUCUCGGGUCGCCCUCACCCACGCUCGCUGAUCCGACGCUCGCUCGAGCAGGCGCGUGGCGAGGCUGCUGUCGUGGCUUGUGGGCCUGAGGGACUGCUGGCGGAUGUGAGGAGGGAUGUCGUGGCGCUGAGCGAUGAGCGCGCUGUGCAUAAGGGAACGGGGGCGCAGGGUAUAUUCCUGCAUACCGAAGGGUUCGGGUGGUAG